AUGUCGUCGUCUCCUUUUCAUCGACGUUGGACGAUCAUGUCACUACUUCAGUUCUGGGUUCCGCGGUUGACCCGCCUGAAUACUACAGCGCGGAGCAGCACGCGUGCUUUACACAACACCUCUGCGGCUUUGCAAGCCCCUCGUCCUCUGACAAUGAUACCCAAAGCACACAUCCUGUCUGGUACGGCGACGCCCAAGACGCCUUUGGACGUGGCAAAAGCGUAUCCUGACCAUCCUCUUAUGCAGUUCUUCCAGCAAGUUCCGACAGAGAUUGCGAAGGAGGGCACUGAUGGCCGUCAUGCUGACCAGCGUGAGACGCUGGCUGUGCCAGCGGCUGUGACGGAGUCCGACUUAUCGAAGGAUCACACGUCGCGUGCCUGGCUAGCCCCCGAGCUUCGUCGUAAGAGCAGUACGGACUUGCAUACACUUUGGUAUGUGCUUCUUAUGGAACGCAACCGUCUUGCAACCAGCUGGGAGGAGCUGAAGCGUCACCACGCUGAAGGUUCCGCUCACAUGCUUGGCCAGAGUCUCUCGUACCGUCACCACCGUGUACGCAAAUCGAUGGCCCGGAUUAAAUAUGUCCUGAACGAGCGUCGCCUCGCACUUAUGGAGGCGCAGCGUCAGGCUCGGGAAGACGUCGAUAUACCCGCGGACGAGGCAGAGGAGAGUCUCUUUGAGGACGCGCCACGCACCCUCUAA